CUAGUGUUACCUGUAAUCUUAACUUGUAGGCUUUGAUGCUAGGCUUAUUAUUCUAUUUUGUAAACUUAAUUUAGUCUACAAGGUAAAGGGCUAUAAUUGCCUAGGACUUCUUUCCAUUUCAAACCUAGUUUGGGUCAAGUUCAUUUUGUGGAUUUUGUCUUUGUUAGUGAUACCUAAAAGCGUGUCGUUAUCCAAAGGACCAUCUCGAUCUAUUUAACUUUAAUUUUCAAAUUUUAACUAAGUACGAGCAUGACCUGAUGAAAUCAUAACAAUAACAGUUGCCACCUUUACCAAAACAGAGCUCAUAGUUAGUUCCUAGGGCCGACCGGCCGAGCAGGCACGCUACCCGCCACUACCGCCGGCACUCAGUACGGUCCCCGCGCUAGCAGCGACGCCACGCGUUCCGGUCGCUCCGAGUGACAACACUAUUACACCAAACACGAACUCUUCUGUGACGUGUGUUCCAAUCGCAAAUAAUAAAUCGUUUAUAUAAAAAGUGAAUCAGUGUACCUAUUAGUGUUACAAGAACCAAAAAUAAAAAUAUUUCUAAAAAGUGCAAUGUGAUAUGGCGUACAACAUUCUCAUUUGGAUAAACCGUUACUCGAGCGUAUAGAUCAUGGUGUCGUCAUCGCCGCGUGCGCAGACCCGGUCGCAGCACGAUGUCGACCCAGAGAGAAUAAAGGCCUACUCUGAACAGCUCCGACAACGCAAAGAGGCUGAGGAGAGGAUCGCAGCACAGAACGAGUUCCUACGUAACUCUUUGCGAGGGUCUCACAAGCUACAGGCCUUGGAAUCGAACCCCCCAUCGUCCGGCACUGCUUUCGUCAACGAUGCUUAUGAAGAUGACAUCAGCGACGACUCCACGCAACUUUAUGCUGUUGUCGAUUACCAAGAAGUAUGUGCAGCGCUCACUCGCGUGCAAAAGGCGUUGGGAGCGAGCGGGGAGUCGGCGUUGGCGGCGCGGGUGGCGGGCGCGGCGGGCGCGUUGCUGUGCCCUGCGCUACGGACGGCCCUGGCCACCAGGUCCGCCGUGCUCACCGCAGUCAGGCACAAGAGGCCCGGCCUAGCCCCGCCCCACACACACCGCGCUACGGAUAGGUUGAAAGACGUGAGAGCGCACACAUCAACGGGCAGUGAAUCGUCGGCGCUGGCGGCGGAGCUGCUGUCGAUCCUGGGUGGGCUGGAGCUUGAGAGCCUGAUACAGGCGCACGACCAGGCGGCCGCGCUGCUGGACCCCGCCUGCUUUAACAGGGGCAAGAGGCAUAAGACUGGUAACAACUUCAAUCACAAGGGUGAAAACGACAAAGCAUUGACGGCACAUUCACCCGAUGACCCCAGCGAACAUAUUAAAAUUAUCAAAAUCGAGAAGACUAACGAACCACUUGGUGCUACUGUAAGAAACGAAGGAGAAGCUGUAAUAAUCGGAAGGAUAGUAAGGGGUGGAGCGGCGGAGAAGUCAGGACUAUUACAUGAAGGAGAUGAGUUACUGGAGGUAAACGGCGUGGCGAUGCGUGGCAAGUCUGUGCACGAGGUGUGCCAGGUGCUGGGCGCGCUGUCGGGCACGCUGUGCGUGGUGCUGGCGCCGCGCCGCGCCGCCGCGCGCGCGCCGCCCUCGCACCGCGUGCUGCACGUGCGCGCGCACUUCGACUACGACCCCGAGGACGACGUCUACAUCCCUUGUCGGGAGCUCGGUAUAAGUUUCCAAAAAGGCGAUGUUCUUCACGUAAUCAGCCGCGAGGACCCGAACUGGUGGCAAGCAUUCCGUGAGGGAGAGGAGGACCAGACCCUCGCCGGACUCAUUCCCAGCCAGGCGUUCCAACAUCAGCGAGAAUCAAUGAAGCUGACGUUAGCGGGCGAGGUAGCGGCCAGAGACAAGCCACGUAAGGGUGGCACCCUACUCUGUGCGAAGAAACCGCCGCGGAAGAAGAAGGGCAAGAAGGCCACGAGUGAGGCUGGAUACCCGCUGUACUCCACGUCUGGUGGGGAUGAAUACGAGCAAGAGGAGAUCCUAACGUACGAGGAGGUCGCGUUGUACUACCCUCGUGCGUCCCACAAGCGGCCCAUUGUCCUCAUCGGGCCGCCCAACAUCGGCCGACACGAACUCAGGCAGAGGCUCAUGGAGGACAGCUCACGAUUUGCUGCUGCAGUGCCACAUACAUCACGUCCCCGCAAAGAUCAUGAGGUGCCUGGCCAGGACUAUCACUUCAUUUCGCGCACGCAGUUCGAGGCUGAUAUCCUCAAUAGAAAGUUUGUCGAGCACGGAGAGUACGAAAAGGCAUAUUACGGUACGUCACUAGAGGCGAUCCGUGAAGUAGUGAAUUCAGGGAAGAUCUGCGUACUGAACUUACACCCUCAGUCACUGAAGAUCCUCCGGAAUUCCGACCUAAAGCCUUACACCGUGUUCGUAGCACCUCCCAGCCUCGAGAAACUUAGGCAGAAGAAGAUCAGAAAUGGAGAGGCUUUCAAGCCUCGAGCGCGAGCCGCAGUGGGUGCCGGCGCACUGGCUCAAGCACACCUAGCGACCGACGCCGUCCGCGGCCCGCCCGCGCCACGCGUCCGCGCCGUCCGCGGCCCGCCCGUGCCACGCGUCCGCGCCGUCCGCGGCCCGCCCGCGCCCUGUGUACUCGCCAACCGCGACCCGCCCGCGCCCUGCGUCCGCGCCCGUGCCCCCCGCGCCCCCAGCACUGCCGCGCCCCUCCGCCCUGACUCCGCUGCUCCUGAUGUUUGA